AGCGAGGCACAGAGACGUUGCGUCAGCUGCUUGCUACACUCCGCCCGAAGAAGGAGGGGGCUGUUUGGUGGUGGGCUUAGCUGGCCGGGCGAGGGAGCCAUUUUUGGCUGGCUAGCUGUGGCUAGCCCUCCUCCUGUUUUCGGAAGGAGCGUCUGAUUGUUGUGGUUGAUGUGACCGCGUUGAAACGAUCGGGAACACGCCGCGUGAAACGACGCGACUUUUGCGUCAGAUGGAACACCUUGGAACCCAUUUGAAAAUCGUCGCGCAUCGUGCCUCAACAUUGUUUCGAAUUGGAUUUGUGAAAUCCCCAGCCUCACGGCCUGUGGGUGGGACUCAGUUUUGAUCCCUGAAGGACUUGCUUGUGUGUGGGGUGUUGAUUUGGGAACAGCCUAUCAUGGGAUUGCCUGCUGAGAUUGAUCGUGAAAUGUCUUCUGUCAGUAAUGAUAAUCAUUCGCCAGCCGCUCCGGAAGUUCAAAAGCCCGAUCAGAAUGGGCUUGGUACUAAAGAGAAUAGCUCUAGGAUGUCUGAGACGUCACACCAGACCAACGGUUCCACUAUUGGACCGAUUAAGUCCGAGCCAUCCGUUAAAACGGAAACUGGGCCCGGUUUAGCGCAAAGUAACGGGCCCUUAAAUGAUGGCUCGAGCACCGCGGAUGACUCGCUGCAUAACGAAAGCAAGCCCGCGGACAUAAGUUCGGAAGAUGUGGAUGUCAUGACUCCAUUGGAGGGCAACCCGAGCGAAGAACUCCGUCAAACCCAAGCACCUCUGACGAAUGGUCCAAUUGAGCCGGAAGUGAAUCUGAAGGCCAAAUUGAAACGCGUUCGAACCCAUGUGGUAUCGGCCUUAUUCAAGCAUCCCAAGUCUGUAGCCUUCCGAGAACCCGUUAACGCCAAGGCUUUGGGUAUUUAUCCCAUUUACUUUAAUGUCAUCAAGCGUCCAAUGGAUCUGGGGACUGUUCGGAAGAAGAUCGAUCGCGGUGAUUACCAGUCCAAGGCUGAGUGUUUGUCCGACAUCAACCAGAUUUGGAUCAACGCCAAGACCUUCAACCUACCCGGGCACUUUGUUCACGAGGCCGCCAAGAUCAUGGAGAAAGUGACCAAAGACAAGUGGUUCAAAUUGGAGCAGGAUGAGCGUGCGGGUUUGUAUGCCGAAGAAGAUAGGGCCAAAGCUCAAACCACCAAGAAGAGAUCCACACCCAAGGACCCUGUCAAGGCCCCCAAGCUCACUACUACCUCGCCCAAUAAAGAAGCCCGCAAGAGAGUAGCUCGUAAAAUGUCCACAGGCUUGCCCGGGGAACUCAAUCAACCUCAGCAGCUGAAAAAGAAGUAUGUUGAGAAUCUUAGUGAUCAGAUGAAACAAUGCGACUCCAUUCUAAGGCAGGUCAUGGCCGAAAAGACGCAAUCCGAACCCUUUCUACAUAUCGACGCUUACCCCGGGAACUCACGUGCUACAAUUGAUCUCUACACUGUUCAGAGUCGUCUCCAGAAUCACUUCUACCGACAUCCUCUGCAAUUUGCCAACGACGUCCGAAGAAUCGUCACCGAGACCUACAGAUACAACCCCGAGGAAAGUCCCCUCUGUUUCAAGGCCAGUGGACUCCAUCACCGAUUUGAGGUGCUUUUUUCGCGUGUAGACUUCGAACCCGUGGACAAUCCGGCCAAGUAUGAUCCUCUGAACGUCACUAUGAACGAGGAUGAAGCCAUGAUCCAACACUUGAUGGGUGCUCAAAAUCAAAUCGUGGCCAUUCGUGAAAACGUGGGCCUCUUGAUCCGAGACCUCCCCGUAAUCACCGGGAAGCCUCGGCGUCCCACAAAGACUGGAAAUUCCAACCGUGGAGGUGGAGCUCCAAGGCGUGCUGCGGGCACUGGAGCCGGUGCAGGCAAAGGUAAACGUGCCCGUCCCACUGGAGGUGCUGCCAAUCAGUCUGGUGCCAAGAGGCGGAAACCGAAUGGUGCCCUAGGCCCACCUCACUCCCAACCUGUCCAGCUUGAACGCCAUAACCUGACCGUAGAAGAGUCUCUGGCUCUCCGAGAGCAAGUAGCCCAACUCCGCGAAGACCAGCAGCAAAAAAUCGUCGACAUCAUGUUAGCCAAUAAGGAAACUCUCACCACCGAUGCCAAUGGCUUCACCGAAAUUGAUCUCAGCAAUUGCUCUGCCCUGACCGUUUCCCAAAUUCAAGCAUUCAUCUUAGGUGCCCAGCAAUCCCAGAUACGGCAAAGUGUAGCAGCACCUUCCCCUGUCAAGAAACCGCCCAAGACCCCGAAGAAGUCAAGUCCGAAGAAGGGGAGUGGAGGACACCUGUCGGAUUCCAGUUCAGAUUCGGACAGCGACGAUGACUCGUCCAGUUCGAAUUCCUCCAGUUCAGAUAGCGAAUGAGAAAGAACAGCUCGCCGAGUGUGAGAGAAAGGUCGAUCAGACAGCAAGCCUUGUUAUGUUCAACCCCGUACAAUUUCCUCCAAGAGAUGAUGGAAACUUCAGAAAAAAAGCACGUUUAACCAAUUGAUGAUGGAGUACAAACCCACUUUUUUGAUUCAUAUUUUCACUCGGAAAAAAUCAUUUUUGUCUCUUCCGCUUUUGGUUCCCUAACCAUGAAAAAAUAAUAUGCUAAUGUAUCCGAAUUGAAUUCAUUCAGAAAUAGAAAUCCAAGAAACAACA